AUGUUCGCAUUCAACAUUAGUUCCAUGGAAGGGGGUGGCUCUAAUGUCUUGCCGUCGGAAAAGGGCCUAAAGCCAAUGGUUGACUUGAAGCGAUCUCUCGAAGAUAGAAGCCGAGCGCCUCCAAAUUUCACGCUCGCGAGAGCUUUCCAGCUCUUCUUUUCUACCCGUGUCGAAACGCCAGGUUCAAUUAAUUUGUUCCAAGCUCGAUUGCUCUCCAUCACAUGGAAGCAUAUGAAGGCCCAGCAGAAUGAACUGGAUGAAAAGGAAUGGGACAAGGUUUUCUCGAUUGAGAGCUUGGAAAGGAUGCUGUUUGUGCUGUCUGAAUCGGAGUGUCUUCCCGAGGCGCGUGAUACAAUGCUCAAGAUUGCUCGUUUUGCCUAUCUCGAAUUAUGUGCCGACCAUGGCUUUGGUCCCAAUACAAUUAGUCGACCUGCCCUUCUCCUUUAUAUCAACCUUCUCUCAGUGAAUGGCAAACCCGAGGAAGCCCGACAGGUCAUCAUCAAUUUCGGAGGACAAUUUCGCGGUGCUAAGCCGUCACCUUGGUUGACUGUCUUGAAGGGAUUUGCCAUGAAGGAUGAUAGGCCUCAACUGCGUAAGGUUACGCAAGAACUCGACCAAUAUGGGGUGAAGUUUGAUCAAGAUUCCCAGGAGGAAUUGAUCAAUCUUCUUGCCGCUCAGGGACUGUUCAGUGCGGCCCAGACUGUCUUUGAAUGUCCUCUCGCCGGCAAUGGCGAGCCAUCUGUCGUCGCUAAGAUCGCUGUCGUCAAAUCUGCGAUUAUACACUCGGAACUUGAGUGGGCUAGGCCCAUAUUCCAGUCUCUUCCCCAAGGCCCGACUCCCGAGACUGCUGGUAUUACUCUUCUGUGGGAAGCCGCUCACGGCAGCAAUGCAACUGCGCUCGCCAAAAAGAUCAGCUCUUGGACAUCGAAAAAUCCUCAAAUCAAAGAAGCUAUCACAACUUCGGACUUGAAUGCGCUUAUCGAGUAUGCGAAUGCUGUGCAAAAUCCUCAGCUGGUCAUCGACCUUGAAGAGCAAGCUGAGAAGUGGGGUAUUAUGCCCAAUGAGCAGACCUGCCUACUCCAGCUUGAAUCCGCAAUCAAUUCCAACAAUGUCCAACGGACACUCAACAUUCUAGAGUCUACUGUUGACCCUAGUACUCUGGCUAGUGAUAAUCUUCCUCUCGCCAACCGACUCAUCAUCAUGCUUUGUGCCUCAAAGCAAAGCGGUGCUCUUUUUGAACGGAUCUCAGCUCUCCUCGACCCUCUUUUCCAAGACGAUGUCCGCCUUGACCCACAAACUGUCACUGCGCUUACGCGCAUGCUUCUCCACCGUCGCGACUUCGGCGCAGUCUCCGAACUGCUUCGGCCGCGACUGGGUACUUUUGAUAGUGAAGGCAAGAGUUUGGUUCGCAAUGCAUUGAUCGACUAUAUCAUGGAUCGCAACCAAAAAGACGACAAUGCAUGGACAAUCUACGAACUUUUUAAGGUGGCUUUCCCGGAGACAGGCGUCAGCACCCGGACAGAACUUAUGGGCUCGUUCUUCGACCGCAAUCGCAGUGACCUUGCAGCUUUGGUAUUCGGACACAUGCGCCAAGCAGAGGAUCUGUCACGCAGACCCAAGCCCGAUACAUAUGCCAGAUGUCUCCAGGGAAUUGCGCGUGCGGCUGAUCACAAAAAUUUGGAACUGGUGCAUAACAUGCUCAAGCUUGACGUUGAGGUUGAACUUAACACACGCAUUCUAAACGGCUUGAUGCUGGCGUACGCAGCGUGCGAGAUACCGGAGAAGAGUAUGGAAAUUUUCAGACAAAUCCUUCAGUCGGAUGAGGGGCCUUCCCACAAAACCCUCGCGAUCUUUUUCAAGGCUUGCGAGUCUCAUGCCGAUGGCACCCACGAGGCAAUGAAGAUGCUGAAGAAGAUUAAGAAGCUCGACAUUGAGAUUGAUCGUCGUCUGUAUAGCUCUUAUAUCGAGGCGCUUGCUGCUCAGUGUGAUUUCGACCUGGCCACUGAGGCUAUUGAUAAUAUGGAAGCUGAGAUUGGACUGGCCCCGACAAGCACGACAAUUGGUCUUUUCUACAAUGCUUCUCCCUCCCAAUUUGCGAAAGACAAGAUCGAGAAAUGGGCUGGUGAAAAAUAUCCUGAUCUGUGGGCGCAUCUAUCUAAGAUCAACCGCACGAACGGUGACGAGGGUCUUGAAUUUGAUGGUAUCACGAAUGAGACAUGGGUCUAA